CAUUGUGUCUAUAUAAAGGACUAAAGUAUUGAUGGAAAUGAAGUACACACAACAAGUGAAAUAACCAUAGAAAAUCUAGCAAAAAUGAGUUCUAAAAAUUCUAAAGAAAAUGAUCUUCCUAUUGUUGAGGUAGAAAAAGUUGAUGAUGCUUAUCUCUCUGCCUUGUUAUUAUGUUUUAGUCGUGUAUUGCCUGCAGUACUAAAUGCUGCUGUUGAUCUCAAUUUAUUCAAUAUUAUAGCUAAGUUACAAAGUUCAAGUCAUCAUUCUACUUUUUCUGCUUUUGAAAUUGCUUCUCAACUUCCAAAUCAAUACGAUGAAUUGGUUGAAAGACUUGAACGCAUGUUAUAUGUGUUGACAAGUUAUUCUCUUUUCAAUUGUUCCAUUCGUAUUAAUGGAGAAGGUAAGAGUGAAAGAGUUUAUGCUCUCUCACCAAUUGGUCAAUACUUUGCAUUUGAUCAAGAUGGAGGCUCUUUGGAUCCACUCUCAACAUUAGUACAUAGAGGAUGUGACAGUGUUUGGGGUGAUGUAAAGGAUGCAAUUUUGGAUCCUAAUAUAAAAAAUCUAUUCCAAAGCAUCAAUGGAGUGUCGUUUUAUGAAUAUACAAAGACAGAUAAAGAGCUGAAUAGUAUUGUUAACAAAGCAAUGGCCCAUGCUGGACCAUUAGAAAUUAAAAGGGUCCUACAAUUAUAUAAGGGAUUUGAGGGAAUCUCAACAUUGGUUGAUGUUGGAGGUGGAGUGGGAGGGUCCUUAAAACUCAUCAUCUCUCAAUAUCCUUCAAUCAAAGGAAUUAAUUUUGAUUUGCCACAAGUAGUUCAAGAUGUACCUCCUCAUCCAGGUAUAAUGUAUGUUGGAGGAGAUAUGUUUGAGAGUGUUCCCACUGGUGAUGCCAUUUUACUAAAGCUUGUAUGUCACAAUUGGGCAGAUGAUGAAUGUGUGAAGUUAUUAAGAAAUUGUCACAAAGCUUUACCAAAACAUGGGAAGGUGAUUGUUUUGGACUAUAUAAUUCCAAAAGUCCCUGAAUCAAGUAACAUGUCCAAGCAUACUUGUGUUAUUGACAACCUCAUGUUUUUAGUAACAACUGGAAAGGAAAGAACUGAGGAAGAAUUCGAGAGUUUAUGUAAAAGAUCUGGAUUUUCCAAAUUUCAUGUUGCUUGCGGUGAUGAUGUAUCAGCAAUGUCAGGUGUGAUGGAGUUUUAUAAAUAAAAGUUACUUAGUAUAGUAACUUGGAAUCUUGAUAUAUUGUCAGCAAUUUUAUAAAAUUGUAAAGUAAUAAUUUGCUUAUCAAAGAAUAAGCAGAUAUGUCCAAGUGUUUAAAAGAUGUUUUUAUGUUUUUUCGUGUGUGGUUCAUGAUGUGUCAGCUCGUGGUAAGAGUUUGACUUUGUAACAUUAAAAAAUGAUGUUUCAAUUUUAUUAGGAAUAAUUGUAAAAUAAUUAUUGGUGUCACUUUCAUUAAGAAUAAUUUUCCCCUUUUCUA